UGACGCGUGUUUUUUUUUUGCGUGAGGACUGCGUGACCGUUUCCCUGCUCGUCGUGCCUCGAUGAGUGUGCCCGCUGACGCGAGGUCAGUCGGCAAGCGAGGGCACAACACUCACCAAGCGGUUUGCCAGGGGGCGCUCCGGAUAGCGAGGGUUCUAACGGUUGGGGCUGCAGAUGGAGAAGUUGCUGGGCUUUUCGCUGUCACCCGUCAUCCGCCACCAGAAUGCUCUUCCCUUGUACUUUUACUAUUGCCACUACAGCUUCUUUUCUUCACUUCUUCUCCCAUUCCGCUACCUCCGUACCCUCACCUCGCAGCUUUAUUGAGAUAUUUUGGGGGUCAUUUUGUUUUUGAGUUUUUCGCACAAAAUAAACCAGAACGAGUUAACUUUAACGCCUUAUUCACGUAGCCACGAAUCUUUCCACUGAACUCACUUGAGUCUAAUGCUAUUUCCCAUCUAACCUUGAGCGAAAAUGGCUACGGGGGGUUUACAAUUCGAUUUCGAUUCUGCCCUUCCUUGUUCAUACUAGACUCCUUUUUUUCUUUUCGUCAAGCUAUCUGUUGGCCUAUGUCUGCUCGGAGUGUGUUACUAAAUGUCAAUGCCCAGAUCCCGAAUACAAACGUAAGAACAAAGUAACUAGAUCACCAGGAGGAUAGUGAUGAAGAUCAUGGCCACCACUACGAUAAUGAUCAAGAUCAUAAUCACCAUUAGGAUCAUGAUCAUCAACAACGAACAACACAACGAUCAAACCACUAGCACCAUUAGGAUCAUGAUCACACUACUAGGCUGACUAACUUACUAAACUAAACAACUACCAUGACCACACAAGAAGACAACAACAACAAAGAGCAAGAACCACAAUCACGAUUCUCAUACUGAUAUCAGUGGCCGGCCAUUUGGGCUAUUGCAUAAAACAAA